CGAAUGCUUGCUUCUGUUACUCCUUCUGCCAUUGGCUUCUUCUGCAUUGCGAAUCCUUAGAGCCCCUACUUUCCUUAUAUCCCUUCCAAGCGACAGAACACGCAGCUAAACGGCUCAUUGAGAACGCAGCGGUGUAGCAAUUUCCAGCCCUGGCACAACUCCAGCUGUUUGUUUUGAAGGAGACAGGCACUGCAUAUACUCACACUGGUGGUAUCAACCGCAUUACCACUUAUAAACACGAGGUAAAAGUAACAGCGAAGCCAUAUUAUGAGCAGCAGGAUACCUACGUUGCCCGAAGUACUGGAGUCGUUGCAGCAGCGGCGGCAAAACGAGGCAGAUCUAAAUGUCGCCAAUGUGUUUUUCAACCACGCGAUGCAGUACCUGGUAAAGGGCGAUGCGCGGUGCUGGUGGUGCACGCCUGAGACAACUGAUAUAGCCACCGAGACAUUACAUUUAUUUUCUCUGGCGCAGCGAUCUCCUGAGGUAAACGAGCUCAUCCAGGCAUCUGAGCAGCAGCUGACAAAAUGCACGGCCUGCAUCAGUGCGUACUACGAUGCCAAGGUGCGGUUGCGGAAGCGGUACAACGCCAUGUACAGCCCGGCUGCUGUUGACGUGUUUUUCGAGACACUGGGGAGAUGGGAUGCCCAGCGACUGGCGAGAGCGUUGGAGCAAACGUCGGUUAGGGACAGCGCUGCGGGAUCAAUAGUGCUGUACGAUGUGUGCCGAGUCGAAGACAAUCUGCUGUUUCAUCCCCAGGUCGCUGCAGGGACAAACAAGUACAUUCGGGAGGCAUUGGCGGCGGGCGGGAAUCUUAAUCUUAGGCAACCGGCUGCAGCCAGGGUUCUUUAUUCUGGCAUUUUCUGGCGACGAGCAG